AUGGCUACCGGUGGAGAAAUAAAUACGGAUAUUCUUUCUGAUGAAAUAUUUGAUGUUUUAUGUUCAAUGUGUAAAAACCGAGGUAAAAAAUCUGAAGGUGAAAAAUUCUGUGUAGACUGUCACGAUUAUUUCUGUAUGAACUGUGUCAUAGUUCACAGUCAAGUGCCUGUAUUAGCUUGUCACAAGGUGUUGGAUAAAUCUCAAGUUAAGUCAGGAACCAGCAAAGGUCUGCCUAGGGCACCUGUAGAGAGAUCAUGUAAAGAUAUAUUCUUCAUACCGGAAUUUAUCCAAAAUAAUUCUUACCAAGUGUCUCCAAGAGAAAUUCAAACAAAGCUAAAGGUAUUGGCCAAGACCCUUACUAUACAAUCUAACAAAUUUCAACAGGAUAAACAAAGUUUGCUGAAAAGAAAGGCUGAGCUACUGGAUGAUAUCAGAAAAUUCCGACAAGAAAUUAAUGACCAACUUGAUAAGCUGGAGAAAAGUUCUGUAGAUGAGAUAGAAUAUAAAUUCAAACUUCUUGAAGGCAAUAUUGAAGAGGGUCUCAAACAGCUACAAGCACACAAAGCAAAGGUUACAUCAGCUAAUGAUAAUUUAACAUCUUCAAACCCAAAUCAAGCUGAAUUGUUUGUUUAUGUGAAGAUGGGAGAAGACGCUGAAAAAGUUGCCAACAAAUUUAUAGAAGCUACCAAAGUAAAGAUAACAGUUAGUUACAUAGAGUUUCGACCUGACAGAGACAUCCUUCAACAGCUGAAACAAAUUCAAACCAUUGGCAUGCUAAUAGAGGAGAAAGCUGGCAAGUUACAGAUUGCAGGAAGACAAUCAUAUUGUGUCAAAGUUAAGUCUGAAGAAAUAGAUUGUCGUAUCACCAGUGCCUGCUAUAUGGAAGACGGUACAAUAGUGCUAGCUGAUGUCGCGAACAACAAGUUAAAACGUUUAGAUAGUCACAACUAUAUCAUCACAGACUGCUAUAGUCUACCGGAAGAGCCACAUCAAAUAUAUAAAACAUCAGUCUUUAUCUGCUCAAUGUCUGGCAGGAAACUUAAACAGUUUAUUAUUGACCCGGAUGGCGGUAUGUAUUCUUUAACGAACAGUCUAGUAGCUGUCAGUAAGGAUGGUACAAGGAUUUAUCAUGUUAAAAGGGAUAGAUUGGAAGUCCUAGAUAACAAUGGUCAGAUUGUAACAACGUUUAGUGGUAAACUAUUAACAUGCGCUAGUUACUGUCAUGUCACAGAAGCAGGUAGUGUGUUGGUAUCUGGACAAUUUUCCAACAAUGUUUUGCAAUUUACAUCUGAUGGUGAGCUGAUAGGAGAGGUCAUUAAAGCUGACUGUGAUAACCUAAAUCUCAAACCUCAGUCAGUUUGUUGUAAUCACCAAAUGUCUAAGAUGUGUAUAGUCAGAGAGGAUAACAAUAUUGAAGUGUACGAUAUCUGA